UUUGUCUUGCUUUGCUAUUUUAUUUCCUACAGUUAUAAAACAAAUUCGAACUAGAACGACAAACAUGAAACAUUACAUGCAAUAUGUAUCCAAACAAAAACAAUAAUGAAAGCGAUAUAUAGCCUCUCAAGCCUUCACGUCCAUCACGUCGAUUGGCUUUGAUGUGUAACAAGUGUCAGGUGCUGGCUGUUUCUCUCCAGUCCGUGACUCCAGAAGAUUUCAGUGUGGCUUUAGAAAAACGACUGAAAGAUGUGCUCGUCCCCAACUUAUCCUUAGCUAUCAAGUCGAAACAGAAAUAGAAGGAAGCACUGGAAAGAGCCAGAGAGGUUGUCUCCAUCCUCUGACCUCAUUAACCCCGUGGUUGGCCGCAGCCUCGUUUUCAAACAACACGCCUUGCAUUACUGCACUGUAGAGAAUUUUCUUUUAAUUUAAAUAUCAAAAUAAAGAAAAGAUAAUUUCUUUCAAUUUGUAUUCAAUUUCUUGUUCCUCGUCAAUUACUUGAUGGGCAGACGUUAUUUAGCGUUAGCGAGAAAGCGGAGGUAAAAUAAAAGUUAGAACGGAAACAAUCUAGGUUACCUGCCGAGUGUCACCAAGUGGUUAUUUGUACGCCAGUCCAUGUACAAGAAAACAGUUGUACAAUGUACAGUUUCAAGAGUUACAGUGCCUGUAUAGUUGCUCUUGGAGCCUUCCUGGUUUCUGUAAGCUUUUAUUUAAGGCCAUCACCUCUCACAGAAACAUUUGAUGAUGAAUAUGAUUAUAUUAUCGUUGGUGGUGGUUCAUCUGGCUGUGUGUUGGCCAGUCGCCUCUCUGAAAAUAGUAGCAAGCGAGUCCUACUUUUAGAGGCAGGUGGUGAUGAUAGGGGAGUGGCCAUGCUGUCUGUACCCAUGGCAGGAAUGGAGGCUUUACACACCCAGUAUGACUGGAGGUACUGGACUGUGCCUCAGAAACAUGCCUUACAAGGUUUCAAGGAGCAGAGGAUUCACUGGCCACGGGGAAAAGUGCUGGGUGGUACCUCCAACCUGAACGCCAUGAUCUACAUUCGUGGCAGUCGUCAUGACUAUGACAGUUGGGCCAAGAUGGGGGCAGAUGGCUGGAGUUACAAUGAUGUGUUGCCAUAUUUUAUCAAGUCAGAAGACAACAUAAAUGCAGAAUUUGUCAAAACAGGAUACCAUCAGAUGGGAGGGGAGUUGAAAGUAGCCCGCACGAAGACUCACAGUCUUCCUAACUUUAUCAUACGGGCUGGAAAAGAACUUGGUUAUGAUGUUGUUGAUGCUAAUGGAGAGAAGAUGCUUGGUUUUGUCGAGCCUCAGUCCACACUUUACAGAGGCACUCGCAUGAGCACUUCACGGGCCUUCCUACAUCCUCGUAUUGGCCAGGAGAACCUUCAUGUUGGAGUUAAUGCUCUUGUCUCCAAAAUUAUUAUAGAAGAAGGCCGAGCAGUAGGAGUAGAAUUUGUUCACAAUGGAACGACAUACAGAAGAAGAGCAAAGGAAGAGAUCAUUUUGGCAGCUGGAGCAAUAGGGUCACCACAGAUCCUUAUGCUCUCGGGCAUUGGACCCAAGAAGCAUCUAGAAAAUUUGGGAAUUCCAGUAAUAGCAGACUUACCUGUUGGACAGAACCUUCAGGACCACCCAAGAAUUGACAUUGCCAUAAGCAUUAACACUUCCAUCACACUGACACUUGAUAAGCUGCAAAGCAUGUGGGAAGCAGUCAAAUACUUCUCUGUAGGAAAAGGUGUGUUAUCUUCUACAUAUGGCAUUGAAACCAUUGCCUUCUUAAGCACCAAGCCAGAUUUGCAAAAGCUGGGGUGGCCUAAUCUAGAGGUACACUUUUGUGACAUUUUACCUGGCAAAGAACAUAUGGUAAACAGCGGAUAUAGUGAAAAGUCUCUAGAAGAGAUUUCGUCAAGAGAUGGGAAAGAUGGGUUCCUGUGUAUGCCGACAUUGCUUCAGCCUGCAAGCAGAGGUUCAAUCACCUUGCGUAGCAAGAAUCCUGAAGAUCAUCCACUGAUAGAUCCAAAUUAUCUUGAGAAAUCUGAAGAUGUUGAAGUACUUUUAGAGGGAGUAAAAUUUUGUAAAAAGGUGCUCCAGAUGCCAUCUAUGCAGUCCUUAGGGCCAGAACUUGUAGACAAGCCUGUGGAAGCAUGUCUGAAGCAAGAAUUUGACUCUGAUGAUUACUGGCGCUGUGUGAUCCGACACUUGUUAAAUACUUGCUACCACCCAGCUGGCACCUGCAAAAUGGGAAGUGCCAAUGAUGACACAGCUGUUGUUGAUUCUCAGCUCAAAGUGAGGGGCAUCAUGGGACUCAGAGUGGCUGAUGCAUCUAUCAUGCCUACAAUUGUCUCAGGAAACACAAAUGCACCAACUAUCAUGAUAGCAGAAAAGGCAGCUGACUUGAUUAAGGGUAGAAAUUUUGUCCAACCUAGAGAGAGCACUACGAGUUGAUUAAGUUAAGAAGACAUUGCGCUAAGAGAUGCCCUUUUUAACACUUAAAAUUUGUAAAGAAAAUGUUAUUUCUAAAUUGGUAAUUCCAUUCUUUUUAUACGCUCUCAAAUAUACAAAUUGACACCUGUAUCAAAUGAAAUCACCGAGUUCAUUUCUUCAUGAGGUGACAUGAAGAAUUAUUAUUUGUGGUGAUAGUGGUGGUAUAAUUGUCAAGGGAAUGUGCUGCCAGGUUUGCUGUUGGGCUAGGCAUUCUUAUUUGAAUGAAAACGAGAAAUAUAAAAUUAAUUUAAAAUUAAUAUAAAAUUAUUAUUUAUAAAAUUAUCAAAUAUCCUUUAAUGACCCUUACGUGAAUUUCACUUCUUUCCCCAAGAGCACUCUUGUACAUUGAAUACCAGGAAUUCAAGGUCCUCAUCACAUUCUUCCCUCCUCCAUAAUUAUAAAAUUGUUAUUCUUAUGUGAUUGGUUAUCCCCUGCUUUCAUGUGAUUUGUGUUUAGUAACGUCAUUGCAACUGUAUGUUUCUUGUAGAUCUGUACUGAUAAUGUCAUAGAGAUAGAUUAGUUGUUUGUCACCAUUCUUCAUCUGCUACACUUCCUAACAGAUGUUUUACAUUGAUGCAAAAUGUGAUCUCAAUUUUCUUUAUAUUAUGUCUAUCAAUUAUUAUUAGGUAAUAUAAAAUGAAUCCUUAAGGUAAUUUUAUAGAAGAUAUUGCAAGAAAUAAUCACCUUAUAAUUUAUGAAUAUUGAUUGCAUGCUUAUGGGUGUAUAGCAGUAUGUCAUAAAAAGUAUGGUCUCUUGAUGGUGGUAUCAGUCUUCACUAAAUACUGGUGCUUUGCAUUUGUAAAGUUUUGCAUCAUUUUCCAAAAUAAUGGAUGCAGUGUACAUGCAAUGCAAUGAUUUUCUUUUUCUCAGACUUCUAUUUAUGAAAUUUUACUUUUGAAGUUUUAAUAUACUCUUACAGAGUGACAUAUUUUGCAAUUUAGUAAAUUAAAGCAAUUUAAAUGCCUUCAAAGGCUCCUCUCUUAUAUCUUAUUUUAUCAUAUGUAGGUUGCUUGUGGGAAACUUAUUUCAUCUAGCAGAUUGCCCUAGUUCAUUAUUGACAAGGACUUUUUUUCAAAACUGAUAGAGUAACGGAUUUCUAAUUUUUUUUAAUAGCCACAUAAUUUGUUAAAGCGUAAGAAGCAACCUUAAUCUUGAGCUGCAAACAUAUAUUGAAGUACCACUGCUUAUUUCACUAGAACAAUGAAAAAAUAUCCCACUUUCUCCAUGAUUGAAAAAUCAGAUGUAUUUGUGACCUUAAUUAUGUUAAGUAUUUAAAAAGUUUGUUCAGUGUAUGACAGGUCAAAAGACAUUCCUGUGUUUUAUCUAUGCAGUUUAUGUACCUCUUAAAAAGAAAAUCAAAAUGUGUUAUUUUUGUAACUGUGCAGUUGUGAUUGUUUUUCUGUUACCAUUUUAUUAUGUUCAGCUAAGGCUGCUUCAUUGGAUUGAUUUUAACUGUUAACUUAAUUGAAGGUAGAAGCUUGAAUUUAUGUCAGUGUCUAAAAUUGCUGUUAGAAUAUAAAUUAACAGUAAAAAUACAAAAUAAAUAUGAAUUAGUCUACCUGAAUGCAGCAUGAAUAUUCACUAAUUUGUAAUUAUAUUUGAAAAGAGGUCUCUGAAGUGACUUUUCCAGUUAUUCAGACAUGGCUUGACAAUACCUGGGAUGUCCACAUCCACGUUUUGUAGGAAAUAGACUACAAUAAUGGAUAAAACACAAAUAUAAAUGACUGUUGUCAGUGAUCAAGAAAACAAACAUUUGUUAUGUUGUGCAAAGUGUAAUUCGGAAUGUUACACUGAGCAUGAGGUCUUAACUGGUGUGUCGUCUUGAACAUGAAGAGGUUGUGCACAAACUGCACGCGAACAAUUUAUCCUGCCUGUGGUCAAAGGGAAAUAAAUCUUGUUAGUAAAAUAGUUUUACUACCAGCAUUUACAAGUUGCCUCCCUGUACAAAAGUUAUUUUUCUUUAAAUUAUUUGUCAUUCAUUUGGGUAAGAACAUGUUCAGGUCAGUCAUGAUGAACUGUCUUGAUUGAGCUAAGAUGUAAGACUUUUUAGACUUCUUUUUUUAAAAUUUUCUUUUUAUUGCAGCUAAUAUUUAACCAAUUAUUUGUUUAUAUUUAUCUUGGAUUUGUGUCAUUACUAUAAAUACUACGGUCACUAUAAUCUGAAAACAGUGGGACUUGAAAUUUUAUUUUAGAAAUUUUUAUUAGUUUAAAAAAUAAAUUCAGUACAUUAUUGUACAUUUCAGUAGGCGAUUUACUUUACGAUUUAUUUUCUUUUACUUUACGAUUUAUUUGUUGUAGUCAUGGAUUUUUAAAAUACGUUAUGCCAAAAUAUGUAUGUUUAGAAAGGACACUUAGGUCACUAGAAUUACAAUUUCAGUGUUUGUGAAACACUCUUUAUUGAUCCUAGUUAUGUUUUGAAAUAUCAUAAAUAAAUGUUUAAGCAUGGCAUUUUAGUUUUCAAUGAAAUACCAGUAUUAUCUUUGUAAAAACUCUUUGAUUCAGUCAGAUUGCACUAAGGACAAUCGUGAUUAUAUUUUAAAGCUAUAGUUUGGUUGCUAUUAUUAUUUAUUUACGUUUUGUUUGUAGAAGUGUACAGAUAGGUACACUUUGUUUGAUGUACUCACUUUCACAUUUCUUUUAACUUAGCUGGUUAUACUUAAAAGGCAAGAAUGAUAUAAAACCUCUGGCUGAUUGUUUCAGCAUUGGUUUUCUUCUAAAAGACUUAGUGCGGUAAAUGUUUCAUCCCAACACAUUCGCGUAUGUUAGCAAAGAGUCUACAAUAAGUUAGAAGGCACAUAUGUUCAUGCCUUACAUUUAAGAUCACAUUGUCAUCUGUCUUUAUUAUACAUUUUCAGGAAAACUUUACUGCUGGCAUUGUCUCAUACAUUAUUACCAUAUUGAAGAGUGUGAUUGUGACACAGGACCUCUGCGGCAUGUGAUUGUUAUUGUUAUCACAGGGCUGACAAUGCCUUGGGCUUGGCUGCCUGCUGUGCUAUGCAUUACCAUGAUGUAAAAUGACAACCCCUAUUGUGAACAGCUCAUUUAUUUCGUAAGAGGCAUCUUAAGAUGAAAUAUUGUGAAGUGUCAUGACUAAUCAGCUAGUAUAUUUUGAUAACAGUUUGAACUUUACACAAUUGCUCAGACGUAAUGAAAACCAGGAUUUACUUGCUCUAGGUAUGUUUCACACUUGCUCAUCUGUAAUGUUUCUUUAAUGAAUGGAUAUGUAUCUGUGUAAUAGAGAGAGAUGCACGCAGAACUGAAUUAACAGAUGAAAUGGAAUGUAUGAAACAGGAAGGUUGAGUUGAAUGGUAAAGUGCUUCCACCUCCCUGCAGGUGAGGAGUUUGGAUGGAGGGUCCAUGUUGACACGUAGCCUGAUCUACCUGUACUUGCAGUACUGACGGUAGUAAUUUCUAUGGUGCCUCAUAGUCUGGUGCUAAGUGUUCACUAGAAUUUGCAUCAACUCCCUUUUCUUAAUUUAAAGAUUUAUUUCUAAACCUUUUGUAUUCAUAAAUUCACUAUUUAUUCUUUUUAGACUUUAUAUGUAGUUUUUAUUUAGUUUUGAUUGGCUUUUUCUCUCACAAUUUUUAUUACCUGAUAUAUAUAUAUAUCCUAUGCAUUUCUUUCUCUUUUUUUAAACAGCUAAUUUCAUUUGUAUCUUCUUCAUUAUUUGUUUGUAAACUAAGCUCUUGGCAUAACUAUCCAACAACACCUGUCUGUGUAUAUAUCCUACCCUUUCUUUAUUCUUCUCUCUUUGCCUUGGGCUGGGGUAAACAGCUAUUAAAGUUGUGCCAAUACUGUUUGAAAACAGCACAGAUAAAAUGAAUUUAAAAAUAUUUUAACAGAAUUCAAUAUUCGUAUGAUGUAAGAAAUCUGAUUAGCAGAACAUUUGCCGAAGGUAGUUAACUGUGUUUUAUUGGCACCUUUACCAUGAGAAGAUUUCUCUAACACUUCUAUUUUUUUAAAAAUAGAAAAUCUUUACAAGGUUAUUUUCUGGAAAUAUUGCCAAUAUCCAACCCCAAUGAUUUGAAAAUUUUUGUGUGAGCAGAGAUGCAUACAAGAUGCAUAGUAUUAGAGCCACUAUGCCACCACCCACAGUACGAAUAUAGUUUUGAUUGAAACAAACCUUUUUGUCCUCAAAUCUAUUUGCUAUUCUUGUCUGUGAUUUGCCAUGAUGGCUGUUGACUGGCCAUCAUCAGCAUGAAAUGGUGCAUUAUGGCGUGACCUUUGUGGCUGGAGCUGGAUAAUGCCACGCAUUAUGAAUGAUUGAAGAAGACUGCCCUUCUCUGGCUGUUGUGGCUGUUUGUUACAUAGAACCUUCCAUUUAGUAACUCAUACACCUCCUAUGCAGAUGUGUACAUUAAGAGCAUUUUGAGUCUGAAUGAUGAAAAGUGAAAAGGGUCUUAUAGAGUCUGGCAGUACUCUACAAACACUGACAAGCAUUUUGGUUCUCCCUCCAUGGGUGCCUCCCCUCCUGUGAUGUCUUUCCUACAAAUAACUGUGGGGAGUUAGAAACUGCUUUUCUCAUGUGAUCUGAGUGUGUGGUAAAACCAACCAGAAGUUGUGUAUGAGCAUGUCUUUAAAGGUCCAUUUGCAAGAUGACAUUAAAUAUGCCUUUAAGGAAUGUAAAUUUGUUCCUUAUAAGUCAGGCAGCUGUUUCAUUACCAAUAAAGAUUGUGCACGAAA